AACGAUAAAACAACUCUGUCGACAGAGCCCAAGCGAUCAUCUUGUCAGUGAAAAACCAUAGCUGAGGAAUCCCCAAUCAUCUUUAUAACAUCGGGGGUUGGGAUAUUAAUAAGGGAACCAGGAAAGUAAUCAGAUGUUCGCCGACAAAAUGUGGAAGUUGAGGGAGAUCACAGAUAAAGUCACCAAUGUGGUGAUGAACUACUCCGAAGUGGAGACGAAGGUGAGAGAGGCUACAAGUGAUGAAGCCUGGGGACCCCACGGAUCAUUGAUGCAGGAAGUAGCACGCUUCACAUUUACAUAUGAACACUUUCCAGAGGUGAUGGGCAUGUUGUGGAAACGCAUGCUGCACGAUAACAAGAAAAACUGGAGGAGAGUUUAUAAGUCAUUACUGUUGCUGACAUAUCUCCUAAAGAACGGGUCGGAGCGUGUGGUUACAAGCUCUAGGGAACACCUUUAUGACCUCCGCAGUCUGGAGAGCUACACUUUCACAGAUGAGCAUGGAAAGGACCAGGGAUUAAAUGUACGACAGAAGAUACAAGAACUAUUAGACUUCAUUCAAAAUGACGAGAAGUUACGAGACGAAAGAAAAAAAGCAAAAAAGAACAAAGACAAAUAUGUUGGAGUCGCAGGAGAGGGUACACUGGGCAAUAGAUACAGUGACAGAUAUGACGAGGAACCGUCCAACCGUGAUAAGAUGGAUGAAAUUGAAGAGUGGGACAGCGGCCGGAAGACGAUGGCGGGAGAAGCUGUGGACAAAGUAAAGGGGCUCUGGAACAAAGUACAGGGCCGUAAGGGACCAGACGAUGUAGUUGAUUACAGUUCAAGCAAGAUUCCUGCCGCCCGCAGAAGCAGUUUAACAGACUUUAGUGAUGAGCCAGAAAACAGAUCGAAAAAUGACAAGGAUGAUUUUAAUUUCAAAGAUGAUGAUGCAGAAUAUACGUCAGUAGAGCGAACACAUACAACACGUACAGAAAAAAUCACACACAACAGGAGGUCAAGGUCAGCCAAGAAACUUGACCUCGGGGCAGCAUCAUCAUACGGCAAGGAUAAAGAUUCCAUAUCUCAGCUUAGUGGCAACAGUAUAACAAACAAUGGUUCAAGCCUCAUUGACAUGGGUCUAGGAGGGGCAGAUAACUCCCAGGAAACAUCAGAAUUUGCUGACUUCAAAUCUGCCAAUUCCAAUGGAGAUUUCAAUCCAAGAGGCGCUACAUCUCCACAAGGAGGUACAGGAGACUUUGCUGAUUUCUCACAAUUCCAGAGUAACACCUCCACAGCAUCAACAGGAAACAGUGGAGAGUUUGCAGAUUUUACAGCCUUUAAUGCAGCAGGGAGCGGGUCAUCUGCUCCCCCACCAGCUACCAAAUCCGGAGAAGAUAAUCUGUUUGACAUGUUUGGUGGUGCUAGUAGCGCUAUGCCAGCCCAACAAACACCAAACAUCCCAAUGCCGACUAUGGGGUCACAACCCAUGGCCCCAGUGGGUGGAACUUUAAUGGGACAACCCAUGGCAUCUAUGGGGAACUUUGGGGCCCAGCCUGUAAUGAUGGGAAUGCCCCAAGCUACUCAGGUUCCUAUGCAGGGAAACCCAAUGAAUAUGCCACCACAAAUGCAGCCCACAGGUAUGAUGGCAGGGAACAUGUACGCAGGAAUGCCAAAUAUGGGCAUGCAGCAGGGUUUACAGCCAAUGAUACAGGGAAAUAUGAUGGCACCAGGACUCCAGCCAAUGGGAAGGGGUUACGCAUCCGGAAUGGGAAUGCAAACAGGGGUCUCUUCUAUGCAGUCAGUCUCGAAGGAGGCAAGCUUGUCUAGUACAACCGUUUCUGCCACCCACUCACAAACCACAGUCACCCCUCAGAAGGAUGCUAACACCUGGUCCAAAGAUGCAAGCAAGGUAAACAUCAGUCUUGAUGCCCUCAGUCCUGCCAACAAGUUCCAGAAACCACACCAACCCAGCAUGAAUCAGCUUCAGCAGCAAGAUGAUGACGGCUUAAACCCCAUGGUAUGGAGUCCAGAAAUGGCCCCAGGUCUAGUUUACAUUGCCCCAGGCAUGAACACUCAAAUGGUUGGACUGAACCAGGGCAUGGCAGGAAUGAGUGUUGGCCAGCCCCAGGGGCAGGUCAUUGGGGGCCAGCCGAUGAUGGGCCAGGGCAUGGGAAUGGCUGUGAAUAUGCAGGGAGGUAUGGGCAUGAUGGGAUCAAUGAACAUGCAGUCCACAAUGAUGGGACAAUCAUCAUUCCAACAACGAACCGACCAGGCUUUCAGCGGAUUUGGAAACACGAAAAAAUAACCAAGAUAUGCGGUUUUAGUAUUGUUAAAAUAACUACGGACCAAGCCUUUUUGUACUGAAAUACCUUCAAUGGUGUUUCUAUGUGUGAAACUUGUAAUGAAAGAAAACAUUUGAAGGACUUAGGGGCACUCAGAAUAUUUCUAACCCUUUCACCCCUAUAUAACUUUAAUAAACUCUACCAUGCAUUGAUUACAAUAAGUCCAUUAUGGUCUACAGUGGUGAAAGUGCUAAAUAUGACCUCUUAAUAUGAGAAAGAUGUUUUGUUGGAUUGUUUUGUAAAAACCUUGUUCUAAACGUCACAUACAAGGUUGACAUAGGGAAUGGCCAAACUUGAAAAAUGUACUGACGUUGACAAACCAAAGAGGUGAGGCCAGUAUGGGGGGACAGGCUUUUACAGAAGAUGAUCAUAAGUCGACAAUCAUUCCACCAACAAGACGUCCGAGCAGAAGAUGUCCUGGCGGAGCCCUUAGUGAUUCACGUACUACUGCAGAAAUGGACAUAUUUUUGGGCGAAAUAUCCUGUGAUUAACAUCCUCCCAGUUAGCGGGAGGUACAAUAUAUGAUAGAACUCCCAGUUAAUGGGAGGUAUUAUAGAUCUUAUUAGCUGCCUCGUUUGGGGAGGGCUUAUUUAGAAUACUGCAGAAGUGCAUCAGUGGGGAGGGGGGAUAGGGUAUACACCUGCUAAGCUGUGAAGGGGUGGGUGGGAGGGGGAGGAGGUAUACAUGUACACCUCUUUAUUCAGUGUGGGGGUGGGGAAAGUAAGAUUUAUUAACCCAGUAGUACAUUGAGAUUUGUGUAUUAGUGACUUUGAAAAAAAUGAUGAAUUAUAUACAAGAUGUGAUACACAGAUCUACGUUACUUGUUACUCAGAAUCAAAGGAUAAAAAACAAAAAUAUUAUAAAACAAGGUACUACAACUGUAAUAAUUUCCUAGAUUGAUCAACAAUACAUUUUGCUCAAAAUUGAUAAAAUACAACUGUUUCUUAAAGACAAAAACAAUUGUUUUCAGUAUUCUGAAUCCUGUUCCCCUAAAAAUGACUUGUAAAUAUAGUACUUAAAUCCUUAGAGGAAAUGAUGCAGUACAAGCUUCCUAUUGGUAAUUUGUGUUCAAUCACAGAUUUUAAAACACUUGAUUAUGCUGAGUUUUUGCUUAAAAAAAUUGAUGGAAUAUGACAAACAUUUCAUAUUUGAAGAAUAUUAUAAUUUUGAACAAAAUGUUUCAGUGAUAACCAUUUCUGGAUCUGUUUUAAACUGAUAGUAAUGGCUUUUUGAAUUGGUAAGAAUGUGUCGUAUCUUUUUUCACUAAAUAUAAUACACAUAAGCUAAUAGAUAACUUAAGUUUUAUCAUUAUUUUUAUUAUGAAGAAAUUACACAACCAGUCAAAAGUGCAUCUCUCUGCCAAACCUCAUCCAGUUGGACAAAGAAUCUUGACAGACGAACGCAUGGGACUUUGAGAUCUGAAAAAUGUCACAGAAAAAAAUAAUUCUUUUAAUGUCUUGUUUCUCUUAUAUCACAUCUUAAUCUUGAUAGAUUACAAGUGGUAUAGAGAGGAAGGGACUGGAACAACAUCUGUCUAGUUUUGAGAGAUUUUUUCAUGUUUGAAAAAUGUAAUUAUUUGUAAAAUAUGUUAAUGGAAUAAAAGUGUUAGUAAGUAAUUCAGGUUAUCAUUUCUCAUAUGAUAUAUGUAUAAUUGUGCUUUUCUGUCCUGUUGUGCAUGCUUGCUUUGGCUGAGCUACACUUGUUGAAUAGCAAAAAGUUAUAGUUCAUAUUCUGGUAAUACAAAGUCAAUGGUGAUAGAUCGUUAAUGUUGUUGAAUGUUAAUUUUAACUACAGUUUGUUAUGUUUUGUGGAUUUCUUUUAAUAAAGCUUUUCAUGUUGUCAAGGAAACUGUUCGACAGGGAAAGAAACGUGUUAGAUCAGAACAAAUUUAAUAUAGUCUAAACUUUCAUAAAUUUAUGUGUAAAUAUAAGUUAUUUUUUCAAUAUCAUAAUAUCUAUUGUCUGAUGAUCACUGAAAUGGAAACAUAAAUUCCCUUACUGUACUGAAUAUGCCAGACUGAAUAUUUCAAGUCACUUUUGAUGGCUGCUAAAAUUAUGUUGUAAUUUUAGGAAAACAUUUCUUAUUGAUCGUGAACAUUUUGUGAAGUCUUUGUAAAGUUAAAUACUUCCAUUUGCUAUUAUAAAAUUUCUGGUAUUAGGAAACAAAGAAUAAGGCUUUGAUGCCUGUGAUUUCAUACUGAAAUCAUUCACGAAUUGUGUAAAUGUGAAAGUCAAAUAUAUCUAGUCACAUACACCAAUAGCAAACAGGUCAUAUGAUACUGACACAGGUCAUGUGGUCACUAACACAGGUCAUGUGGUCACUACACAAGUCAUGUGGUAACUAACACAGGUCAUGUGGUCACUAGCACAAGUCAUGUGUGGUCACUAACACAGGUCAUGUGGUCACUACACAAGUCAUGUGGUAACUAACACAGGUCAUGUGGUCACUAACACAGGUCAUGUGGUCACUAGCACAAGUCAUGUGUGGUUACUAACAGAGGUCAUGUGGUCACUACACAAGUCAUGUGGUCACUAACACAGGUCAUGUGGUCACUAACACAGGUGAUACUGACACAAGUCAGCACAGGUCGUGUGAUCAUUGGUGACAGUCGUGUUCACUGACAACAUUCACAUGAUCGCUGGCACAGGUCGUGUGAUGAAUUGGCAGGAAAAGUUAAGAUCAUCGACACAAACAAAUCCUGUUCACUCCCCUACUUUCAUUUAACUUGAAUGUAAAGGGUCCUGAGACAAAACUAUAGAAGAUGGUAUAUUUAUAAAAUUUCAGAGAUGUGUAUUGUCAUUUGUCUAUUACUGUUUCACUCAGUGCUAAACUACUAUAUCUGACAUACAGCGUGUUGUACUGUAGACAUUAAACAGACGCCUUGUAACUUAUAGACAACUGUAGGUAUUUAUAUAAGUACUAGCACUGAAUUAGAGCAGAGUGAUUUAAGUGAUUGUUAUUUAAGUGAAAUAGAAUAUAUUUUUUUUUUUCUUUCUGAGAAUUUGCUGGUCUUUAGCUGUAUUAUGCUUUGUAUAUAUGUAUAUUUUGUUAUAAUAUUUUAAGUGUUGUUUGAUAAAAGCAGUAUGAAUUGUGUUGAUGGAUCUCUGGGUUUAUAAGGCAAAUGAAGUCUAUGUGUCAGUUAUUAGAGCGAUAAAGAGCAUGCAGUAGAUGUACUUAACUGAUUUCUAGUGAACGUAUUUAUCUGUGAGGCUACAGACAUUCAGUUAAAUAUACAGAUCUUUACAAAUCAUUAGUUGCAUACAUAACUGAUCUGAAAUCAUUAAAGCAUCAAAUUAAGUGAAAGAACUUCUAUCUUACAGAUUUUCUACAUUUGACAAUAUAGAAAUAUGUGGUCAUGUAAAACUAACAAAGGUUUGUGUUAAUCAGGACCAAGUGUGCAGUAAGUUUUCCUUUAGACUAGGAGUUGUAGUGUUAGUGAAGACUUGGUGUCCAGUAGAUAUGACCCACACUUUAGUCUACCAGUAAUACCUCUUUUUGCCACCUCCCAGUGCAAUACGUGUGCUCAUGUCAUUACAUUUGGAUUCUACCCUAGUCUUCAUGCUCAUGUCUACAAGUAGCUCCAGAUAUAACUGGAACAACAUUGACACGAGGGGAUCAAGGUUAAAAUGUAACAUAGACUGUUCAGUGUUCACAUUUGCUGAAAUGUGUUAUAAGUUAGUCUUCUUUGUGCAACAUUUUUCUUGCAUUCCAGAUGGUCUCAGAUAUAUAGCAAAACAAUUACGUAUUUUUAUACUUGAGAGGUACAUUUAAUUUAUAGGACCUGGAGCUGCUAUUGUUGUAAGGCAUCUGUCUGACUCUGACAGUAUUUUUUACAUGCACAGGUGCUGGAUUUUUUUCCGCUUUAAAUUCUGGAAUUUGAGCAAGGGACCAAUCAAUUCAGUCACAUUUGCCUAUAGGUAGCACUGUCGUUUAAACAAUAUAACAUUUAAAAGUACAUUGUGAGAUCAACUGUGAUAAUGUAGCCCUUAAAUGCUGCUCUAAUUUGUAAUUCUCUAUUCUACCUUUGUAACUAAAUAUGCAAGGUUUCAGAUCUUCAUAUUAUUACCCAUAUUGGUUUAUAAUUACCAGUCAUUUAUCUGUAAUUUACGUUGGUAACCAAUUGGCGGAAAUUUUAAUUUUCAGCUUUUUUGGCUGGUUUUAGCCAUUUUCAGAGUUUAAGUGAAAUGCAGACUUUAAAUUUUCCCCAAACAUAGAUUUAAAAAUACAUAUAUCGGUCUUUUGACCAUAGGCUAACUUUCAUCUCUGAAUUAACUUGACAUUAGAGGUUGAUUACUGUUGAGAUGUCCUAUAUCAUUUAUAUACUGUACACUUGUAUAUAACUUGUACAUACUGUAUGUCGGUCGUUGUUAUAAAGGACACCCUGUGCUGUUAUUGAUAGCACAGACUAUUCAUGUGUGAAUGAAUAAAAGAUUACAUGCAUACAGAAUACAUUCCU